AUGCCAGCCUCGCCUUACUCUGCUUCUUCCAUCCAUCAUUGGCCCCUCAGCUACGGAAAGCUUUUCCCCAUCGACCAACAUCAGGCGGGCCGUUUUAACUCCGCCACGCCCGUCGCCUUCCAGUCUAUUCUUUCGCCCUCUGGACCUUGGGAAGUGCUGUUGGUCAUCCUCGGUCUCCCAGUGCCGGUCCCACCAUCUGACAUUCGCGCAGAGUUCUGGACUGUUCGCUCCGGUCGCAACACGGUAGCUAAUCGUACCGGCGCCGAGGUGUCGACCCUCGCAAAACGUUGUGGCCCGCUGCCCAGAGAAGCAUCAAUGCCAGCAAGGGCCAGGACAGACAUGCUUGGCCGGGCCGCCCGCGUGGCUCUCCGGUUAUCUGUCCAUCCCAGGCCCCUGCCGCUCACUCAAGCCCAACUGUGGCUCGCAAGACGUCAUCGACACUACCAGGAAUGGGGGUGA